AUGUCCCAUACGAACGAGGUACCCCUCUCUCCUCGGCGCAGUAUCCCUCCCAACGACCCUCCCAGUCACUCGCGAGUCCGCCGAGGCCCCGAUACCGCCGCUUCAGGUAUCGAUGCAGAACAUCUCCCCCGACAACAGUUCUUUCCUGAAGGUAGCGAUGGAGACGAGGAUUUUGAUGAGGAGGACGAAGGUGAUGAUGCGGAUGUCUUUGCCUUCAGACGGCCGGCGACUGCUGCUCAGCCUGGCGGAGUCAAGGCAUCUGGGUACGGUACAGCACCAGCGCCGGUUGCUGCCAGGCCAAACACCGGAAGGCCUGCAACCGGUGCUGUGAGCUGGGCGCCCUCUCCUUUGGAGGAGACGCACGAGUCUACAGAGCAUGUUGGGUCAAGCACAGGACCUGGUACCAUUUCCUACGGCGAUGUGCCUACUCUCCCCCUGCAAGACACGCCACGAUCCGUCAAUCCCAACCCUCAGGAAAAGGACAACGUGCCCACCCCAACUGGUGUUAUCGACAUUGGUGGUCACCUCCCCUAUACCACCUAUGACAAGGCCAAUCCUCCUCCCUUCUCUGGUAGAAACAACCCCAACAAUUCGAGUUUCGCCUUCAACAUGAGCAAUCCUCCAAAGGCCCGACGGCCCAGAACCGGGCAGAGUCUUUUGGACAAAAUUCAACGUCGGAGAAAACCCGAGACGGGAGAGUCUAGCAUCACGACGACGACUGGUCUUACGGGUGGAGAAGGGGAACACGAUGCGGAUGGCUUUUCUGAUAUUGCCUCCCUUCCCGGUAUCAACGAUAUUGUCCCCCACUCGGCUCGAAGACGUUCCAGCAAUACUAAGAGCAUGAUGUCUGGCUCGUCCUUUGUCACAGAGUCAGAGGUCACCAGUGACGACCGGCAUACUCGACGAAGCAGGCGAUUCAGUCGAGGAAGUAUUGGGUUGACAGAGAUGACCGGGGAUAUGACUGUGCCGGAUGGCAAGACAACCUGGGGUGAUGGCUAUGGGGGCAGAAAGGGUGAAGAAGCUGAGGGAGACAGUAUGGCGGAUCUGGAUAUGGAUAUGGUCGAAGAAGAUAGUCCUUAUCCUGAAGUGCGAGCUUCGGUCUCGAAUAUAGACGAUCCAGACAUGCCUGCUAUGACCAUCCGAGCAUGGUUUUUGGGAAUACUCUUCACCAUUCUUGCGUCCGCUUGUAAUACUUAUUUCCAUUUCCGUACCCCUGCCCCUUAUAUAUCUCCUCUCAUUGUCCAAGUUUGUGCCUACCCUGUCGGCAAAUUCUUCGCCUGGUGUCUUCCUAUCAAUGACUACACUCUUCCUCGCUGGCUCGGUGGCGCCGAGUUCAGUUUGAACCCGGGACCGUUCAAUAUCAAGGAGCAUACCAUCAUUGUCAUGAUGGCCAACGUCGCCAUUGGUCCAGCCUAUGCCCUCUAUGCCACCGUUUCCAGCGAGCUGUACUACGGCCACAACUGGGGCAUUGGUUUCUCCAUCAUGUUCCUUUUGGCGACACAGAUGACAGGUUUCAGUCUUGCGGGUAUCUGCCGUAGAUUCGUCGUCUGGCCUGCGUCCAUGAUCUGGCCUGCCAACUUGGUAGUCGCUACCAAUCUGAAUACCUUCCAUGCUGAAGAAGAUGGUUUCACUGGUGGUAUGAGUCGUUUCAAGUUCCUCAUCAUUUGCGGCUCCAGCGCUUUCAUCUGGUACUUUUUCCCAGGAUUCAUCUUCACCUCGCUGUCAUACUUUUCUUGGGUGUGUUGGAUUGCUCCGAACAACAACAUUGUCAAUGAGCUCUUUGGAGUCUCCACCGGGCUGGGCAUGGGCCUCCUCACCUUUGACUGGACCCAGGUGACUUGGAUUGGUUCUCCUCUGACCACUCCUUGGUGGGCCGCUGUCAACAUUGGUGUCGGGUUCGUGCUCUUCUACUGGAUCCUCACGCCCAUCCUCUACUACACCAACGUUUGGCAGACGGCAUACCUUCCCAUCAGUGUCGUUCAAUUAGCCGAUCGAUUCGGCUCGACGUACGACAUCUACAACGUUCUCACCGAAGACAUCACCCUCAACGAGACUGCUUAUGCCCAAUACUCUCCCGUCUACCUCUCCGCGUCCUUCUCUGUCACCUUCAUGGUAGCCUUCGCCCUGUCGACCGCACUCAUCGUUCACACGGCCCUCUAUCACGGCCCUAGAAUCUACCGAGCCAUCGUCAACGUCAAGACCGAGGCCGACGACAUUCACUUGAAGCUCAUGAAGAUGUACCCCGAGGUCCCCGACUGGUGGUUCCUCGCCCUCUUCUUGGUCGUCUUUGUGCUUGCGGUGGUGUCGCUGGAGGUGUAUCAUACAGAGUUGCCUGUAUGGGGCUAUAUCAUCAGUGUGCUGUUGCCGAUGGUGUAUAUCAUCCCCUCGGCGUUCAUCUACGCGAUGACUUCACAGCAGGUGACUAUCAAUCUCCUCGCAGAGCUGAUACCUGGAUACAUCUUCCAAGGGCAACCUCUUCCGGGAAUGAUCUUCAAAGUGUUCUCUGUCCAGAGUAUCGUCGAGGCUUUGUCUUUCAUCCAGGAUCAGAAACUCGGCCACUACAUGAAGGUCCCUCCCCGAGCUACCUUCAUCGCCCAGCUCACUGCUACCACUGUCGCCUGUUUCGUGCAGAGCGGCAUGAAGGAGCUCUUGUUCCAUGUCGUCAAGGAUAUCUGUACUAACGCCCAGAAGAGUCUUUUGACAUGUGCGUCGACAAAGACAUUCUUUACAUCUUCCAUCAUCUGGGGUUUGAUUGGUCCUGAGCGACUCUUCAGUAAAGGCUCUGUCUACUACCCUCAAGUGUUUGCUCUCGUCGCCGGUGCAAUCCUCCCUAUUCCCCUUUGGUUCUGGGUCAGAAAGUACCCUCGGUCGAUCUUCCGAAACAUGAACUUCCCCGUCAUGUUUAGCGGCUCCCUCGCCAUUCCUCCUGCAAGUGGUAUCAACUACUCGAGCUGGAUUGUGGUCGGGUUCGUGUUCCAGUUCUGGCUGAGGAGGAAGAGGUUUGCUUGGUGGUCAAAGUAUAAUUAUGUCCUUUCCGCUGCUUUAGAUGUCGGCACCGCCCUUUCUGCCAUCGCUCUUUUCUUGUUCUUGGAUCUGCAGGGCGCGUCUCUCAGCUGGUGGGGUACAAACGUGCAUCAGAACACUGCCGAUUGGGACGGCAUCGGUGCUACGUAUUUGACUGCUCCUGCCGAAGGCUUUGGUCCCAGCACUUGGAAGCUAUAA